AUGACGACAGAGAUUGAGGAAAGCGAGAGAGCCACGAUAAGUGUGACUGAUCUCAGCAAGCACAACACCAAAUCGGAUUGCUGGAUAGCAGUGCACUCCAAAGUCUGGGAUAUCACGGACUUUAUCAACGAGCAUCCGGGAGGUCCUUCAGUCCUUCUCAAAUGCGCCGGCUCAAACGUCACAAAGAUAUUCGAUGAAGUCCACGCACCAGAUAUCCUCGAGGAGCUACCAGACGAGAAGUUCAUCGGCAUACUGAAAGAUGCCACUCCAGAUGUGCCUGCAGCUGCAUCUCAGCCAGAAAGUAGGAAUGGUGCAGUAACUGCACCCGCCGAGACUGCGGAAACCAAGUCCGCCGAAGAAGACGCCAUUCCACCCCUAGAGUCCAUCAUCGGCGCCCCAGAUCUAGAGGUUGUAGCUUCGAAAGAACUGACGCCGAAGACAUGGGUGUUCUACUCUUCUGCCGCCACCGAUCUGAUAACACACCGGAACAACAAGCAGCUUACAAGACGCAUUAUGAUCCGGCCAAGGAUUCUCAGAAAUAUUUCACACAUUGAUAUGAAGACGAAUAUUCUUGGGUACGAGAGCUCGGCUCCGUUCUUCAUUUCGCCUGCCGCUAUGGCAAAGCUCGUGCAUCCAGAUGGCGAGUUGGCUCUCAGUCGCGGCGCAGCAAGUGAAGGAAUAAUUCAAUGUAUUUCGAGCAACGCAUCGUACACCCUAAAGUCCAUCGUAUCCGCCGCACCACCGACACAGCCCUUGUUCUUCCAGCUCUACAUCAACUCAGAACGACAUAAGACCAUCGAGAUCCUCCGAUCAGCUCGCGCAAUAGGCAUCGAAGCAAUUUUCGUGACUGUCGAUGCUCCUGUGCCCGGCAAGAGGGAAGCAGACGAGCGCGCAGCCCAGGCAGGCACGAUCCAAGCCGCCAUCAGCGGCGCCGAAAGCAGCAAAGAUAAGAAGGGCAGUGGACUGGGACGCUUGAUGGCGCAGUAUAUCGACAAGUCGAUUACAUGGGAGGACCUAACCUGGAUCAGAGAAGCCAGCGGAGUGCCCAUCGUGCUCAAGGGUGUCCAAACUGCCGAUGAUGUCAGAUUAGCGGUUGAGUACGGAGUUGAAGCAGUCUUCUUGAGCAACCACGGUGGUCGAUCUCUGGAUGGGUCGCAACCCUCAAUCCUAGUUCUGCUAGAACUCCAAGAACAAUGUCCCGAGAUAUUCGAGAAGCUCGAGGUCUAUAUUGAUGGCGGUUUCGAGCGCGGCUCGGAUAUUCUCAAGGCAAUCGCCCUUGGAGCAAAGGCUGUGGGUGUUGGGAGACCGUUCUUGUACUCUCUCGUUUAUGGCAAGGAUGGCGUAGAGCACCUUUCUCAGAUUCUGAAAGACGAGUUAGAGACCUCGAUGAGACUCUGUGGCAUUACUAGCCUAAGUCAGGCUGCUCCCGCGAUGGUCAACACGUUGGAUAUUGACCAUUUGGUGGUUUCUGAGGAUCGAGCCCGGCAAAAGAGGCUCGUGAGAAGGCCACGAUCAAAGCUCUAG